ACCAAAGACCGGAAAGGACGCCAUGUUGUUAUACAUACGCCGACUUUCUUUCGCUUGCUGAUGCGGUGUAAUUCGCUGGUCAGCUAGUCGAAGUCGCUAAGUGUAAAUUAUUAUUUUAGUUAAAUUGGAUUAUUUUGAACAGCAAAAAAUACAUCUACCACCUUACGUCGGUUAAUAGAAUGCAAAUGCAAGCCAUGAAUCAAUUUGGCAAUCAUAGAGGUUUUGGUGGCCCUCCGCAGCCACAAAGACAGGGUCGUCGUGGCAAUAAUCGAGGUGGCUUCCGCAAUUCAAGAUUUGAUCAUAAUGUUCAAAGGAAUCAGAAUCACGGUCAAGGAGGUCAACGGCCUAAUGAGGUAAAGCCACCUCAGCUCAAUGACAAGCCCCAACAACAACCUCCUCAACAACAAAACCAGGCUCAGGCCAAGCCUCAGCCACAACAGCAGGCUAAACCUGAAGCUCAGCAGGCUCCACAACAGCAAGCUCAGCAACCAAAGCCACAGCCUGCACCGCAGCCCCAGCAGAAACCUCAACAGCAACCACCGCAACAACAACAGCAGAAGCCUGCUCCUGUUGUACAAGCUAAGAAUGACUCCCAGGACCAUGUUGAUAAGUCAAUCAAUGUUGAGCAGAAGAAUGUGAAUCAGCACUCUAACCAAAACCAAAACCCCAAUCAAAAUCAGCAGCAAAGGAAUCUCAAUGGUAACUUUGGGGGCAACAAGCAGGGUGGAUGGGGAGGACAAGGUGGUCCCGGCAACAAACCAGGCGGCAACUUUGGCCAGGGUAACAAACAGUUUGGUCCCAACAAAGGUGGCCCUGGAGGACCUCCCCGCAACCAACAACGGCCCAAUAACAUGCGUGGGCCCCAGCAAGAUGGAGGAAAACCUGUCCAGAGGGAGGAACAAAUGUUAGCUAACAAGCUGAAGGACUUGAUGGGUCCUUUGACAGAUUUACCCCAAAUUGAUCAACCAGAAGUGAAGUUCAAUGGAAGAAGCCGCUUGUACAUUGGAAAUCUUACGGGUGAUGUCACUGAAGAGGAAAUUACUGCUCUGUUCUCACCCUUUGGUGAAACAGCUGAAUUAUUUAUUAACAAGGAAAAGAACUUUGGAUUUAUUAAAAUGGAUUAUAGAGUCAAUGCUGAAAGAGCAAAGAGGGAAUUGGAUGGUAAAAUGAGAAAUGGGAGAACACUCAGAGUUAGAUUUGCACCACACAACAGUGCAGUCAGGGUGAAGAAUCUGCCACCAUUUGUGUCAAAUGAGCUAUUAUACAGAGCAUUUGAGAUUUUCGGUAAAAUUGAGAGAGCUUAUGUGAGAGUAGAUGAACGUGGGAAGACACUUGGUGAAGGAGUAGUAGAAUUUGCAAGGAAGCCAAGUGCAUUGGCUGCCAUUCGUAAUUGCACUGAGAAGUGCUUCUUCUUGACCUCAUCACUUCGUCCAGUCAUUGUUGAAAGCUUUGAAGAGCCUGAUGAGUUUGAUGGCUACCCAGAAAAGAAUUUGCCAAAGAAACAUCCAGAGUUUUUGAGGGCGCGUGAGCUCGGACCGCGAUUUUCUGAACCCAGUAGCUUUGAACAUGAGUAUGGCACGAGGUGGAAGCAGCUUCAUGAGCUCCAUCGUCAGAAGGAAGAGGCACUUAAGAAGGAACUAGCCGCAGAAGAGGAAAAGUUGGAAGCACAGAUGGAGUAUGCCAAAUACGAGCACGAGACGGAGCUGCUGCGCGAGCAGCUGCGGCAGCGCGAGCAGGACCGCGAGCGGCAGAAGCGCAGCUGGGAGAUGGCGGAGCGCGCGGCCGACGAGCGGCGCGAGGCCGAGCGCGCGCAGCUGCUGCGCCAGGAGGAGGAGCUCUCGCAGCGCAUGCGCCAGCAGGACGACGAGCUGCGCCGCCGCCAGCAGGAGAACACGCUCUUCGUGCAGGCACAAAGACUCAAUUCCAUGUUGGACCGCCAGGAGCAAGGCAUGUUCGACCAGCAGCAGCCAAUGGAUGGAGGCUUCAGAGACCAGUACGACAUGCCACGAGGGAGUUACGAUGACAUGCCGCCAAACCGCGGUUGGGAAGGACCGCGCCAAAUGGACGAUUACCCUAACAAACGUCGUCGCUUUUAAACAAGCUCUUAAAUGAGAUUUUAGUGUUUAAUUUUAUCGGUUGUUCCGAAUGUGAAACAUUUUAUUUUGUUUCUUAGUUGUUGGUUGGGUACAAAUUUGUGGAAUAUGAUAGAGCACAGUUGAUCCCCAUUUUUAUGAAAUUCAUGAUCAUAAUAUAUGAUAUACCUAAUCUCGUUUAAUUUGGGUGCGUUCUUCGGGUAAAACGUGCUUUCUCAUUUUGUCAUUUGUAAUUUAUGAUGUUGUUAUAAAAUGAAAAGUAUUGGCUAUAUGCCUAACAUAACGAAUAAAAUUAUCACACCCUGUAUUUACACUCAAACAGGCCUUUUGGAAUCUAAAAAUUAAAACCCAUUUUGUCCUGACCAACGGCUUUUAAUUAUCACGGCCGUAAACAUUGUAUCACGAAAAUGAAUUACAACUUGACUCACUAUAGAAUUACUGCAGCUUACAAUAACCGACCAAUCCGUUGUUUUGCGAUUGGAGAUUGAAUUUUGAUAUAAGCUUCACAUGAAUUAUGACAAAAUCAAAUCUCUAAUUGUAACACAAGGAAUGGAUCGGUUAUUGUAAUCCGCAGCAAAUCAACUGUUCGAAACCUACUCGUUAAGUCAAAAUCUAAUGAGUUGCAUGGAUUUAUUAACCUUUUUGCGGUAUUGUAAAUUAUAAGGCUCUCCCCUCCACGUCCAUGGGUGGAGUUGUCGCCAAUUUUAAGAUAUUGACGAAAACAGCCGUUAACAUUAGUUUAUUAUGAGUUUCUAUUUAUUAGAUACAUCGAUUCUGAAAAAAACAUUCUCAAUAAAGUUGGUGGUAACAGUAGUAGUACUAGAUGAUUUUAUUAUGAACACGUUAUUUGGAAAAACUUUCUUGCCCACAAAUAAUUGGACUGUCGAUAAUAUUAGAGACAUUCUUUCGAAUUUAUCUGACAUGUCAAGGGUGUAAAACGUUUGGUAAGCGCUACUGAUUUUAUUUGGCCAAACAAAAGGUAUCCCAGAUGAUUUCAUCUAAAAGAUUAAUAUAAACAUUCCUGUAUUUUUCGGUACCAUGCUUAACAUGCAUUCAAUAUUAAAUGUAAUUUCUGCUCUAUUUCAGGCAAAACCAAAAGCCACUUAGCUCACUAUACUAUCUGUAAUUAAUUUUAGGUUAAUAGUUGAUAACAAGGUACAUACUUAAUUUAGUUCACUCUUCAUAUCUAUUAAUCAGUAUUCCUUUUGGCCGAUAUUAGGAACAAGGUCGAAAUACAAAUCUGUUUUUGGUAAUUUUAAUAUACUUUUCUUCUUUCUCCAUUUUGUGUAACGUAUAUAACUUAAUUUUUCGUUUUUCGAUGAACUUGGUACCACAUCAUUUUGUGUCGUAUAAAAAUAUUCUGGCAUGCAUUUAAAAUAAUAAGUAAUUUAAAUAUGUUUUCGAUAUGGAACCAAUAUUCUGGGUGGUUCACAAUAACAAGUCUUCUGAUAUUGUCAUAUUAGUAAAUCUGGCACAAAAUUACCGUUCACGUAAACACGUCAACAUAUUUAGUUCCAUUACCACUAGCAACAUGUGGUGUGUGGACAUUAUUCUAGAUGUAAUACCACCGAAAUUAUCUGAAGUAAAAGACUAAGUCCUAGCUGAUAUAAAAAAUACGUUUGUAUGAUUCGUUUAGUCAUGCUUUUCGGUAAAACGGCAGAACCUUUUUGUUCAUGGAUAAGUAUAUAAUAAGAUCGUAUGCUUGCUUCAAGUAGUGUCCCUUCAAGUAGUGCUCCUCAGGGCGCAAGUAUACCUGUGAAAAUUUACAAGCAGCACCUCAGGCAGUUCACAAGUUGCUGGCAUGCAUACAUUGGUCCCUCAUAAGUUCCGUAAUUUUAAUGCUUCCAAUAUGACUAGUUUACGAAUCUAUGGGUUAAAUCUAUACGCAUGCUCUUAAUUUGAUGUUAAAUACAACUUUGUGCAUAGUGAAUUGAGUGUAAAAAAUUAUAUUUAACAUUUCGUAUAUUAGUUUAUUUUUACGUCGCAAAUAAAAAACUUUAUUUAAGUCA